AUGAGUCAAAACGUUCGUAUCAAUUUAUCGGAAGUUGUCAACGAACAAAUAAAAACAAAUCCAAUUAAACGCACUGUGUCUGAUGAAAUACAAGCUCAACCAAAAACAAAACUCAUGAAUCAUACUCCUACGGCUCAACAAAUUCCAUCAUUUUGCAGUGCAUCCGCGUACAUGAAAAAGAUCACAAAUGCUGAAGACGUAACUGUUAAAGAAACAGUUCCUAUACCAGACAUAACAGAUGAAGAAUUGUUAAUGAUGGCACAAAUUUUUGAAAAUACAAAUAAAAAUCAAUUCGUAAUUACUUUAGAAAAGUAG